AUGGGUGUUGUGUGGUGUGUGGUGUAUGAUUUGUUGGGUUGGGUUGGAUUUUCUGGGGGGGGAGGAGAGAGGAAGAGAGGAAGGGGGGAAGAGAGGGAAGAUGGAAAGGAGUUUUGGGGGUGGAUGGAUUGGGGUUUGAUAUUUUGUGGAAAAGGGAAUGGAUUUGGUGGUAAGGGCGAUGAAAGUGAGAGUGAGAGUGAUGAUGAUGAUGAUGAUGAUGAUCAAAAGAAGAAUUUAAAAUCUGAGGAAUAUGAAGGAGAAGAAUGGAGGGAUGUUUGGAUUCAGACUUUGAGGGGGGGAAGAGUUGAGAUUGAUUACUUGGUAGAGAAGAGAGAAGGAAAAGCAUAUGAUUAA